GCAUUGUGUAUGCUUUUACAGUGCUAGGAAGAAUGCGAUUUAAAAUUUAAGGUUAUUUUGAAUUGCAUGGUUUUCCAAGUGUUACCAUGUUAUUGUGUAUGUUGUCAUGACGAUGACGGAAAGUGAAUCCUAUCAAGAAAGGCAGGAAAAUGAACUUGAAUUGCUUCACUCCAUAUUUGGUGAGGAGAUUGAAGAUCUGAGGAAAUUGGACAAAUGGAAGGUGGUCCGUCCUCCAGAGAUCAUUCUCUAUCUUCAUCCACAGGAAGGGAUGAGCGGAAAGAAAGAAACUUUUACCAAAAUUGACCUCAAAAUAAAAUUUACACCAACUUACCCAGACAGUUUCCCCGAGUGUAAACUGGAGAAUGCGAAAGGUUUAUCAGAAGAUGCCAUAAAUGAUUUGGAAUCUGGGAUUAAAAAUCUCUACAAGUCAUUACAGGGUGAAGUAAUGGUGCUCGAAAUUGCUCAGUUUGUUAAGGAGUUCCUGCAUACACACAAUGUCCCACAAUGUAACUCGGUGUACGAGGAAAUGGUAAAAAACAAACAAAGACAGCUUGAAAAAGCUGCACAGGAAGAGGAAAAGAAAAAGGAAAUUGAAAGAAGAAAAAAGGAAUUAAAGAGGAAAGAGAUAGAAGAAGAACUAGCAAGGAGGCAAAACGAAGAAAAACAAAUUCGUAAACUUAUGAGGGAGGGCAGAGAUCAGAACCAAUCAUCUCAAGACCACACACGCCGACUUUCUGAAGAUAUUCCGAACGGCAAUGGCAGUCAUGGGAAGUCUACAGGAGUCGUGGAUUUAAAAAUCAAUGGAAAACUUCCACGAAUAAUACAUAAAGGGCAAACAUUAGACUACAUUGGAAGAUCCACACAAAAACUUAAAAAGAUCCAGAAGCAUAUCGAGAUCUGCCAUUUAAACACCACCAGUAGUGGUAGCAAUGGAUCAACAGUAUACGCGGGCAUGGAUGCAAACACAGGUGAACUAGUUGCAGUUCAUUACUGGAACAUACCAUGUCCUAUGAGGAAUUCAAUGCUCACUGACGCAGAACGAGCUAAACUCGAUAAAUAUAUGAAAACAAUUAACACAAUUGAGCAGGAGUUGAAUUCUUUGGUGAAAUUCUCCCACAAACACCUAGUGCCCUACCUUGCAAUGAGAUAUAGCCAUGUUGAAAGUAGUAUUGAACUUCAUAUUGUGGAGAAAUAUAUAACAGGUGCAAGCCUUCAACAAAAACUCACAAGUAGAGACAGAGUUGGAAUUGACGCUGUUAGAACUUAUUCUGAGCAACUUUUAUCUGCGCUUGACUGCCUACAUAAAAAGUCUGUUGUACAUAAGAAUCUUAAGGCGAGCAGUGUUUUCUUAAGCACCAAGGGAUCCAUCAAGCUUGCAGAUUACAGCAUAGAGAAAAGAGUAAUAGACUUACAUAAUGAGUCCCGUAUUGAACAGCCUGGUGUUCGAUUCAGUGAAGAUCGAAUUCCUGCUCGAAAUACAAAGAAAGGAGAUAUUUUGCGGUUGGGUAUGUUGAUACUGUCACUUGCACAAGGACAAACAAUACAGGAUUAUCCUCCAGAAAUACCAGCGAGCUUUCCACUGGUUUUCCAAAACUUUCUUGAGAAAUGUCUUGUGGUUGAAGACAGGCUUCGUUAUACAACAUCUGAACUCUUGGAUCAUGAAUUUAUCAAGCCAAGUGUCACCAGUCCUAUCCUUGACAUCGAUCUUCCUUUGGAGCAAAAUCCGAGUCCGUUUGAUGAAGAUAAGAUGGAUGAUGUCCUUGCAACAUCCGAUGCUCCAAGACCAACUCUCUCUCGUCUCCACUCGGAGUUUGAGAAGUUAGAAUGGCUUGGGAAGGGAGGGUAUGGGGACGUGGUGAAGGUAAAGAACAUAAUAGACGGACGAGAUUACGCAAUCAAACGUAUUCUACUGAACCCACAUCGAUCCCUGUUUAAUAAAAAGAUAACGAGAGAAGUGAAACUUUUGUCUCGGUUAAACCAUGAGAAUGUUGUCAGAUAUUACAACUCGUGGAUUGAAACAGUUGAAUGUUGGGAAGAUGAUGUUUCAACAAAUUCAUCUAACCCAACAACAACAACAACAACAACAAAUGAAACAAAAUCAAACGUAUCAGAUCGUAUCAAUUCACUUGGUUUUUAUGAUAAUAUUGAGGUUCUAGCGCCACCUCCUGUCGCAUCUAGCGUGUCAGAUUGGAGCGUUUCAUUGGAGGAGGUGAGUCGUUGUCGUGACGACGAGGAAGAUGAUGACGAAGAUGUGUUCAAGACUAUCUAUGUUGACGAGGAUGACUCCGAGAGCAUCAAGUUUGAUCACAGUGAUGAAGAAGAAGAUGAGAUGGUGGAAGAAUCAACUAAUGAUGGCAAAACGUCUCGGAGUGAAGAAACCACCGUCACUAGUUCCGCGUCAUCAAAAUCGCUUGUGACUCAGCGAUUUCUAUACAUACAGAUGGAAUAUUGUGAGAAGAGCACACUGCGUCAAACCAUUGAUGCUGGCGUUUGUAAUGAACCUGAGAGAAUGUGGAGAUUAUUCAGGGAAAUUCUUGAAGGAUUGGUUCACGUACAUGAGCAAGGCAUGAUCCAUAGAGAUCUAAAACCACAGAAUAUUUUCCUCGAUAAAAACGACCAUGUUAAGAUUGGUGAUUUUGGUCUUGCUACUGCACAAGCUAGAGUGACACUAGCUGACAGCUCUGAAGAGAUUUCAAAAUCCGAAACUGGAGACAGUGUAUAUUCUGGUGUGGUGGGAACUGCAUUAUACGUGGCACCUGAACUUAUGGUUACUGGUAAAAGAUCACUGUACAGUCAAAAGGUUGACAUCUACAGUGUUGGAAUCAUUUUCUUUGAAAUGUCAUUUCCUGGUAUCCAAACUAAGAUGGAACGAGUCAAAGUUCUUGGGAACCUUAGAACUUCUUCCAUAACCUUCCCAUCUGACUUUGAUGAAGCUGCCAUGCCUCGUGAAGCUGAGAUAACUCGAUGGUGUUUGGAUCACGUGCCAAACAAACGACCAACUGCAUCUGAACUUCUAAAGUGUAGAUUAGUUCCAACUCCUGUACUAGAAGAAUCCAAUGUACUUGAAGCAGUUCGUGAAAUGUUAAGCAAUCCAGACUCAAAGCCGUAUAGAUUAGUUAUGGAUGAAGUUUUCAACCAACCAGAAAACCCAACUUCAUCUGUUAUAUACGACAUUGAAAUGCAUAAGAAACAUUUUUCUGAGACACAGAAUGUCGCACAACAGCAAACAUUUGACAUUAUAUCUUCCCUACUACGUUGCCAUGGAGCUGUGCGGGUCAAUCCUCCGCUCUUGUUACCUAAAUGUGGUUCAGAGAAUGAUGCAAAUGAAGCUGCAGUGCUAAUAGGGGUUGGCGGUAAUGUCGUAUCACUGCCUUAUAUUCUAAGGAUUCCACUGGCUCGUUUUAUUCUGUGUAAAGGAAUCACAAACAUUAAAACUUACGCCAUUGAAAAAGUUUUCCGAGCAAGAAAAUAUGCGAGGUCCCGACCUAAGGAAUUAUGGGAAUGUUCGUUUGACAUCAUUUCCCCCUCAGUGGGAGGUCUCGCUCCCGACGCGGAAGUGAUCUCUGUUGUUUCCGAGAUCAUCUCCCAAUUCCCAUCUCUCUCCUCCCAGAAGUACGAGGUUCGGAUCAACCACUUAUUGGCGCUAGAGUCAAUACUAACAUACUGUGGUCUCGAUGAAAGCCACCACACGGAGGCGCUCAAUGCACUCGCUUCAUGCAGUGGCCUCUCUAAAACACAGCUCCACAACUGCAUCAACAGCUUGCCUCUCAAUGCUCAACAGGUUGCUUCCCUUCUUACAUUCAUCCAAGUCCAAGGCCCGCUGUCCCGGGUUCAAACCUCGCUGCGGUCGAUUACCCGGAACAAGCACUCACCCGCGUCGUCCAGAGCACGACAGGCGCUCCACGAACUCGAAGCUCUUCGGAAAAAUCUUGAUUCUUUAAACUUGACACUACCUGUUGUGUUUGAUCUUGGUUAUUCUCAUAAACACCACAACCAUUAUAAUGGCAUCAUAUUUAAAGUUUCAGCGGAAAUCCAAAAGAAAAAAAGGACAGCAAUUGAUGUGUUGGCCAUCGGUGGUCGAUAUGAUAAACUGCUCACAACCAUGUCUGUAUUCAACAUGUAUGACAGAGAUGGGGAACAGAAGUUAACACCUAAGCAUGCUGUGGGUGUUAGUAUUGCUGUGGAGAAAAUUGUAGGAUCCGUAAUGGAAGAAAACAGUCUUUGUAGCUCAACAAGUAUGAGUGGCAGCAAUGACCCCACUGUGACAUCACAAUUAUCCCACCACGCUGCAGUUGACGUGCUGGUUUGUUCCGUGGGGCGGACUCUUAUGUUGCACGAACGAUUGAGGGUUGUAAGAUCUCUAUGGGAGGCCUCGAUAGCAGCAGAAACCGUUUAUGAUCGCGGGGCAAUGGAAUCAAUGCAAGAAGUGCAGGAGAAAGCUCAAGAAAGAGGGAUCCGCCAUCUUGUAUUUUUAAGCGAGAAAGAAAGUGGCUCCCCGUUAGUACGAUCAUUGACGCACGACCCGCUGUUACGCUCUACUGAACGCAGAGUACCGCUGGAUCAGUUGGUGGAUUAUUUGUUAAAACGAUUGAAAGAAGUUGAAUCAACUGUAUCAAUGAAAUCUUCCUCAUCGGGGUUCUCUGCAUCACACGAGUCCUCCACUGUUACCAUGACGAACAAUAGUGCUCGUCAAAUCAGCAUCGAGGUUGUUCCUCCCGAGAAACUUGCCUCACAUUUAAGGAAGAGAUAUGAGUCUGAAGUUAUGACCAAACUUACAAGUCUACCUAUGAUGUCCCACAUUCAAUCUAAAGCUCAAAUUUGUGCCCUUGCGGUUGAACUGCCAUCACCAGUUAUGAAGAGCAUGGGAUGUGCUCUUGAUCUUUCUCACUCUGAGGAAGAGUUUAACUCUUCUCUUGCCCAUCAUCUACACACUGUAUCCAAGUAUAAAAAAUACUUGUCCUAUAUCGCUGAGAGAAUUUGCGAGGCAAAAUUCGAACGAGAAAUGACUUUCAUCAUUCUUUACAGCUACAAAGACCAUGGCUACUGUCUUUUGAUAUGAGUUCCUAAGAAACUCAUCAGAUGGUACAAUAGAGUGUAACAAUGUGUACCUCGUGUUUUAGUUUAUUUUUGUUCCAACAUAUAAAGACGUUUUAGUGUCACUUGAGCAAUCAUGUGUUUGUUUUACUGAUUUUCCAGCUUGUAGCCAUUUUUGCAACUUGCGCCUUUGCUUUUGUAUUAUUGCGUUUAUGCUCUCAAAUACACCAUAAUAUAAACUAUUA